AUGCACCCUUGCACUGCGGAAUCACUCUGCCUUCCACUCAUUGACCUCCCUACACCCCGCACCGUCACAAUGCUCAAUGGGUCAAGCCCCCAGGCUGGUAAAAUCUGGAAGAAGGCCACUCUAACCUUCUCCUUAGAUGGCAAACAAAUAACCAAGACCUUCCUGAUUUGCAAUACAGGGUCCCAUGCCACCAUCUUGGGAUUGAAGUGGCUAGACGCCCAUAACCCGGAAAUCAAUUGGAACCAACGCACACUCUCCUUUCCCCACACACCACCGGAACACGCUGCUAUUGCCAAGGAGGAGGAAGCUGAUAAGAACCCUCUUGAAGGAGUACCCCCUGAAUACCACCAGUAUGCCAAGGUAUUUGGGGAAGAAGAAUUCAACAAGCUUCCCCCCCACAGGCAUUACAAUAUUGGCAUAGAACUUACGGAAGAAGGCCCCUUGAACUCACCCUUAUACAGCAUGACCAAUGCCGAGUCCGUCACACUUAAGGACUGGCUCAGGGACGAGCUCAAGGCUGGGAAGAUCCGUCCCAGCAAAUCAUCAAUUAGUUCCCCCGUAAUGUUUGUUCCCAAAAAGGAUGGUUCCCGCCGACUGGUUGUCAACUACUGCCGAUCAAACAACCGGACAAAAAAAAAUGUAUAUCCAUUACCCCGUCCAGAUGACCUUAUGGCCCAGCUCCGCGGCGCCAAGGUCUUCACCAAGCUAGACCUGAGAUGGGGUUACAACAAUGUCCGCGUUAAGGAAGGUGACAAAUGGAAAACAGCGUUCCAAACCAAGUACGGUCUCUACAAAUCCCUGGUCAUGACCUUUGGCCUGACAAAUGCCCCUGCCGCCUUCCAGCAUUUCAUGAAUGAACUGUUCAAAGACUUACUGGACGUAUGCGUCAUCAUCUACCUUGAUGACAUCCUGAUUUACUCCAGAGAUGACGCGUCCCACACAAAGCAUUUAUUCUGCAAAGCAUCGAAGUGUACAUUCCACGUUACCUCUGUGGAAUACCUGGGAAUCAUUGUUUCAGAUAAGGGUUUCAGUCUGGAUAAGCUCAAAAUCCAGGCAGUACAAGAAUGGCUGGUACCAACUAAAGUCAAAGAAGUCCAAUCAUUCCUAGGAUUUGCCAACUUCCUUUGUUGUUUUGUCGCCAACUUCAGCCACCUGGCUAGGCCGUUACAUAACCUAGUCAAGAAAGACACGCCGUGGAAAUGGGACAUCAAGGAACAAGAAGCCUUCCAGGGAUUGAAAGAUGCUAUCACCAACGCCCCAGUUCUUUGUCACGCCGACCCAUCAAAACCCUACUUUUUAGAAACGGAUGCCUCCGGCGCAGCUCUAGGGUCCAUACUCAGUCAACGACAGGAAGACGGCCGUCUACACCCCCUAGGAUUCUUGUCUGAAUUGUUCAAAGGCGCCAAGCAAAACUACAACACCCACAACAAGGAACUCCUGGCCAUCAUCCAAUCGUUUGAGUAUUGGCGCAUCUUUUUGGAAGGGACACUCCACCCCAUCACAGUUUUCACAGACCAUUGGAAUCUAGAAUAUUGGAGGGAGUCAAGAACGUUCAAUCGUUGCCAUGCACAAUGGCACCUGCUACUAGCCAGGUACAAUUUCCAGAUUGUCUACCAACCUGGGAAGCAAUCAGGGAAACCAGACGCCCUUUCACGCCAUUCAGACCACACUGACAUUCCACCUGCGGAUCAAACCAUGCUCCCGGACCCCGUAUUCGCCAACAUUGCCCUAGUAACUCCCAAAAAAGAGCUACAAUGCCAGAUCGAGACUUCUCUAGACCAGGAUGAAUCCUUGGAAGAGAUCUUGCAGUUCCUACAAAAUGAGUCCAAGGCACCACCCUCCAUUAAACGCGCAUUCAAGGAUUAUGAAAUGGAGGCUGGCCUAUUGUUUUACCAAGGACGGAUUGUAGUACCGGAUGUAGGAACCUUAAGAACGGAUUUGCUCAGAAUCUUCCACGAUAGCCCAUUGGCGGGCCACCCAGGCAGACAGAGGACCCUAGAGUUAGUGUCCAGGACUUACUACUGGCCCGGCAUCCGUGCCGACACAUACUGGCACGUUGACUCAUGUGAAAUCUGCCAACGGAUUUGGAAACCCAAGUAUGCGUCUAUCCCACCUCAGCCUCUGGAACUCCCAUCACGCCUGUGGCAACAUGUGUCAUACGACAUGAUAGUAGACCUGCCCAAAGACAGAAAUAGUGAUUCUAUCCUGGUCAUUGUGGAUAGUUUUACCAAGUACGUAAUCCUAGUAGAGUGUUCCAAGAAGCUCAAAGCCCCGGAGUUAGCAGACCUAUUCUUACGCCACGUAUGGAAACGCUAUGGCAUGCCUGAAAAGACAGUAUCAGACCGCGGACGGGUGUUUAAUAACAAAUUCCUGAAGGCCCUGUACCAACGCCUGGGAAUAGACCCCCACUUCUCUUCGGCCUAUCAUCCUCAAAGCAACGGGCAAACAGAACGUGUGAACCCCACGGUCAAACACUUUUUACGGGCCUACUCAGGGGUAAACCAGAAAGACUGGGUCAAGUGGUUACCAAUGGCGGAAUUUGCCUACAACAACGCGGUACAUAGCUCAACAGGCAGAUCUCCCUUUAAAGCGCUAUACGGUUGGGAACCUUCCUUGACUCCAAGUAACGUCCCAACAGAUGUCCCUGAGGCACACAAUCUAGCAACCCAGAUGGAAGCACAAUGGCGGGAAAUAGAGGCAGCACUCCGGCAAUCAAAGUCACGCAUGGUGGCCGGAGAAGUAGGAGAACCACUUGAGUUUGAAAUUGGGGAAGAAGCCUGGCUAGACGCCAAAAACAUGAAGCUAAAGACCCUUAGUCCAAAGCUAACCAAACAACGCCUAGGCCCCUUCAGAGUAACCGAGAAAAUCUCCGACAGAGCUUACCGCCUAGAACUCCCGCCAACAAUGAGAAUCCACAAUGUUUUCUACGUGGGUCUUCUGUCAAAGGUCAAAAGGGACAAAAAGCGCAACUUCAAGAACCGGCCACCACCUGUCACCGUGGAUGGAGAAGAAGAAUACAAGGUUGAAGGGAUCACAGACAUGGAAGAAAGGAACAGGAAGUGGUUUUUUAGGGUAAAAUGGAAAGGCUAUGGAUCAGAGGAGAAUACCUGGGAACCAAGGGAAAACCUCAAAAACGCCAAGAAAAUCCUAGAAAAAUUUGAAAAAGAAAUGAAAAGGAAGGCCCUCGGCGCCGCCAAGGCCCUUAAAGGGGGGGCAGUGUUGUAG